AUGGUUCUUAUAAAUAAGGCUAAACCGGCCCCUCACAAGGACGCGGUAGAGAAUGUGAUCGACCUGGGUGCCCCGAAGAAACGGCGAACUGUUCGAGCCCCCUACACGCCUAGUGCCAGACUGUAUCCUGGUCCGCAGGUGCCCAAAAAGAAAUCGCAUUCAGGCGACCCCACAAGGAAUCGCAGGAGCAAGGCCAGGCAGCCGCGCCCCCUGGUGCCCAAUCCGCGGCUGUACCAGCCGUGUCCGCGCCGCGGCCGCGCCCCGCCGCCCCCUGUUUGCCCCAGCGUCCCCUGGUGGCCGCCGGCCACCGUCGCCAACCUAGACACGGCCUCGGGGGCCGCGCUCCGGCUCUCCGAGUGCCGCGCCAGCGGCCCCAACACGCCAAUGUCCCUUCGCAACGGUCCGUUCGCAACCAAAGGCCAGACGAAGGCGGCGCAAAAACGCCACCGCAAAAGUCGACGUCCACUGCAUGACCACUCGCACCUGGAGCCCUCGCCUGACGACCACGCCUUCAUCACGGCCAAAUCAAUCCGAAUCAGUCAGAAGAAAUCC